AUGCCCGCGUUCCGCCCACCAUCUCCGCAAGAGGAUGUACUCAUCAUCGGCGCCGGCGUCUUCGGCCUCAGUCUUGCCUAUGAGCUGAAGGCCCGCCGCGACUACGACAGCGUCACCGUCCUCGACCGCCAUCUGCCCCCGGUUCCGGACGGCAGCAGCGUCGACAUCUCGCGCAUCAUUCGCAGCGAGUAUGCCGAUCCUUUCUACGAGUCACUCGCGCGCGAUGCGAUUCGGGAAUGGCGCGAGCCCGAUUUCUCUCCCUUCUACCACCAGAGUGGUUUCGUCAUGCUUGCCGCCGACGAUGGGAAUCCCUACUUCGUCAAGGCGAGGGACACGUCGGCGGGAUCCGUCAAGGUCGACAUUUGGGGGUCAGAUGAAUCAAACGCCGCCAUCAGGUCCGCUUAUCCUGGCGCUACUGCUGACCUCACGGGCCUGAACGCUGCGCAUAACACCCAAGGCGGCUGGGCUGACGCGGCAGCCAGCAUCAGGGCCCUCGCCGUGCGCGCCAGUUCGGCUGGCGUCUCGUUCAUCACUGGCCAACACGGCACCGUGACAGAGCUGUUGCGGGAUGAUUCGGGCAAGCGAGUUGUCGGCGUCCAAGUGGCCAGCGGCGCGACGUUCAAGGCAUCUCGCGUCGUGCUGGCGGCCGGCGCCUGGACCAACGGUCUGAUCCAUGGCCUCGAACACGCUGUCCGCGGUUCAGGACAGCCCGUCGCCUUUAUCCAGUUGACGCCUGAAGAAGCAGCAGCGAUGGAGCGCACACCUGUCAUCAUCAACAUGGACUCGGGAGUCUUCACGUUUCCCCCCACGCCAGACACGCGCAUACUCAAGGUUGUGAGGCAUGGUUUUGGCUACGCCACCGAGCUCCCAGCGCAGGGUGACCGCGUGAGCGGGGAGAGGCUUGUAUCCAUCCCAAAGACGAACAGCUGCAACGCCAGCGCCGAUUUUAUCCCGGAAGAUGCCGAAGAAGGUCUACGCGAGGGCCUGCGCAUCCUGGCGCCAGCUUAUGCAGAGAGACCUUUCAUCAAGACGAGAUUAUGCUGGUAUAAUGACACGCCCGAGGGCAAUUUCGUUGUGGACGAUCACCCAGAGAUAGAGGGCCUGUUUAUUGCUACCGGUGGCUCAGGACACGCUUUCAAAUUCUUGCCUGUGAUUGGCAAGCAGAUUGCCGACUGCUUCGAGGCCAAAGCCUCUGCGGAGGUCCGCGCGAAAUGGACGUUGAGGGCGGCUGAGCCUGGACAGAGCAAGCUCGUCAUGGAGGGCGACGGGAGUCGAGGCGGACCGGCUCUACGGCACCUGUCACGAGAGGAGCAAGAGAGGCUGUAA